UAGGUUUAUGGAUUUUCCAAUUAGUAAUUGUUAUUAUUACUUGGUAUUAAUGAAAUAUACUCACAUUGUAUAUGGUGUAUUUUGUUAGUUUUGAUGUGAUGGAACCAACAGGAGAUUCUAAUAGUAGGUCACGGGACAUUGCUUCAUGGCCUAGUGCCGUUUCUCAUUACAUGUUGGAGUGUAUAUUGAAGCAGUACAAGAGUGGUAAGAGUGGAGAUAAUGGACUGAAAAAAGACCAGUUCAUUGAAAUUGCCAACCAAUUGAAAGAGAAAUUAUUUACUAGUUAUGACUGUGAACAAGUGAGAAACCACUUCCGGAUUUGGAAGCAAAGGCUUAGAGCAUUGUGUGACCUACAGAAGCAAAGUGGAUUGGGUUGGAAUGCAUCUGAUAUGAGAUUUGAUGCUCCUCAACACUUCUGGAAUGACUAUAGGAAAAAAGAACAAAAGUAUUGGAAGGAACAUAGUGUGCUCCCAAUUCACCUUGAAGUUGGAGUUUUGCUAAGGAAAGAGAUGGCAACUGGGAAUGAUUCAACAGUCCCCUCUGAAGCUGCCACUGAAGUUAUGAUGGACGUGACAGGUACUCAGGUUGAGGGAAUAGGGAACAAUGAUGGUGUUGACUAUGAACCUAUUGAAGAAGAAGAAAGUGUUCCUUCCACUCCCAUUGGUUGUACCAGUCGUUCUCGAGGAAGACCUCGUGGGUCCGUCAAUAGUGGUAGAGAAAAGAGGAAGAAGGGUGCAGCUAAAAAGGUGGUAAGUCCAUUGAAAUCAAUUGCUAACUCAAUCGAAAAGAUGGUACUGAGUGAAUCUCAGUCUGAAUUUGGGAGAGCAAUUAUAGAUGUUGUUGAUGCCAUUCCAAACCUCAAUUUCCAACAAAAGUUUAAGGCCAAGGAAUAUUUCAUGGCCAAGAAGAAUUUGCCAUUAUCUUCUUGGAAACAAGAGUAUAAGAUAGGCGAAAUCUACUUGAGAUAUGACAUCGAAUGUAUCCGCUUGUGCUAUUGCGAAAUGUGA